UCUGUCAGCAUAAUCGUCACAUCAUUUCACUCUGAACAGACCCAGGAAAGCAUUCAGCGUUUUGAGCAACAGGCAGGGCUGAGAGAUGCUGGCUACACACCCCACAAGGGCCUCACCACCGAGGAGACCAAGUACCUUCGAGUGGCAGAAGCACUCCACAAACUAAAGCUCCAGAGCGGAGAGAUAACAAGAGAGGAGAAGCAGCCGGCCUCCACCCAGUCCACCCCAAGCAGCAGCCCCCACUCGUCCCCUAAGCAGAAGCCCAGAGGCUGGUUCACUUCUGGUUCUUCCAUAGCCUUACCUGGCCCCAAUCUUAGCACCAUGGAUUCUGGAAGCGGGGAGAAAGACAGAAGCUCGGCAGAUAAAUGGAGCCUCUUUGGACCAAGAUCCCUCCAGAGGUCUGAUUCAGGAGGUUUUGCCAUCCAGGCCUACAAAGGAGCCCAGAAGCCUUCUCCAAUGGAACUGAUUCGCACGCAGGCCACCCGAAUGGCCGAGGAUCCAGCAGUGUUCAAGCCACCCCAAAUGGAUAUCCCAGUGAUAGAAGGGAAGAAACAGCUGCCGCGGGCCCACAAUCUAAAACCGCGGGACUUGAAUGUUCUCACACCCACUGGCUUCUAGAGCUCUUUCUGUUCCAGGGACUCUGGAUAGAGAUGUCUUGAGCCCAGCUCCCCUUUACCUUGGCUCUGACAUAGGAAAAGUUUUGUUUUCUCUUUUUAAAAAUCUCUCAAACUGAGGCUAGAGCUGGAGACAUAAUUGGUUUUUGAGAAACAUUAGUGCAAAGCUUGUCCUUGUGUGGAAGAAGCCAUUUUGUACUGCUUUAAUUUAAAGUUAGACUAAACCUCUGCAGUGAUGUAUGGGGACCUCAUUACGUAUUUUUGUAUCAUUUACCCUACACAAGAACUUUGAUCAUUACUUACUAGGUAAAUAAUGUUUGUGUUGUUCCAAAACCAAGGCUUCUUGAUUCCUUUACCACUGUCCAUGUGCGCAUGGACAAAUCAUGGCGUAGAGGCGUUCACUGACUAGUUUAGACGACUUUGGCCCUCUUGGCUGUGCUGGCACUGUGUGCUCCAGCCUUGUCAGUUAUGGGGACCCAGGAUCUGUUUGAGAUCUGGGUAUAGUUAGGAGCCAGCCUUGGCAGGGAUCCCCUCUGUUUUCUGCUGAAACCGGAAUCUCCUUGCUUGUUGGUAGACCUCAUGGAUCACUUUGUCCUGCAGCCAGUUCUUACUGUAGUACCUCUUGGGCCAGUGCUGUUGGAGGGAUGCUUCUCUUUUGUGUGUCACAGAACAAACACUAGCCUUACAUAUCCUUUGUUGCACUUUAAAGUGAGAUUACUUUAACUCCCAUUUGGUUGAAAACUUCCUAAGGGAGAAAAUCCAGUCUACUGGUUUGGUAUAGAUAAAUGGAUGUUAAACUUUCUUAAAGGAGGCGGCAACUGCAGUUCGAGUAUAGUCUUGCGGUUCAUAUGAAACUAGUGUCACCCUAUUUUGAGUUUCUUGUUCAGGCCAGGGCCUGAAAAAUUUUUUCCUGGGAGGUGGAAGAAUUAAAAAAUUUUCUGUAUGCAAUCAUUUCCCCCCAAAUGAGCCUCAUACCUUUAUAAACACGUACCUCACUGAGGAAAGGGAUGAGGGGAACCACCUUUUCAUUUCUCCUCGCUGUGUACAUGUUCAAUCAUUGUCUUGAACACUGUCUCAAAUUCCUGCUGUCUUUUGCUUUGGACAGUAUGGUGUCUACACAAGGAGCUGAGCUGACCUUCCCACAGAGAUGCCCUGGAGUCUAAAAUGAUCAGAACAGUUAAUUUAUUUGUGUCUUCUGUUAUGCUUGUAUCUCUUAACUUGUUUUGACAAUAAAAAUCCUUACUACUUU